CUAAGAAGAGGCGAGAUGGGCCAGGGCGACGAAAGCGAUCGCAUUGUGAUCAAUGUGGGAGGGACUAGGCAUCAAACGUACCGCAGCACCUUGCGCACCUUGCCUGGCACUCGGCUGGCCUGGAUUGCUGAACCAGAUGCCCACAGUCACUUUGACUAUGACCCCCGCACGGAUGAAUUCUUCUUUGACCGGCACCCAGGUGUCUUUGCCCAUAUCUUGAAUUACUACCGCACAGGUAAGCUGCACUGCCCAGCAGAUGUGUGUGGACCACUGUAUGAGGAGGAGCUGGCCUUCUGGGGCAUUGAUGAAACUGAUGUGGAGCCCUGUUGUUGGAUGACCUACAGACAGCACCGUGAUGCUGAAGAGGCCCUUGACAGUUUUGGUGGGGCACCUUUGGAUAGCAGUGCUGAUGAUGGAGAUGUGGAUGGCACUGGAGACUCAGGUGACGGCGAGGAGGAGCUGGAGAUGACUAAACGCUUGGCACUCAGUGAUUCCCCAGAUGGAAGGCCUGGGGGCUUCUGGAAGAGGUGGCAGCCCCGUAUCUGGGCUUUAUUUGAGGAUCCCUAUUCCUCCAGAUAUGCAAGGUAUAUCGCAUUUGCCUCCCUCUUCUUCAUUCUGGUUUCCAUCACUACCUUUUGCCUCGAGACCCAUGAGAGAUUUAAUCCCAUCGUUAACAAGACAGAGACGGAAAUUGUUGGGAAUGACACCCAGGUGCGUGUCUAUCGGGAGGCAGAGACAGAAGCUUUCCUGACCUACAUCGAAGGAGUCUGCGUGGUCUGGUUUACUUUUGAGUUCCUGAUGAGGGUUAUUUUCUGCCCAAACAAGAUGGAAUUUAUCAAAAACACCUUGAACAUCAUCGACUUUGUGGCCAUUCUGCCUUUCUAUCUGGAGGUUGGACUCAGUGGCCUGUCUUCCAAAGCUGCUAAGGAUGUCUUGGGCUUCCUGCGGGUUGUCCGGUUUGUGCGAAUCCUGCGAAUUUUCAAGCUGACCCGCCACUUUGUAGGGCUGCGGGUCUUGGGUCAUACUCUCCGUGCCAGCACAAAUGAAUUCUUGCUGCUCAUCAUCUUCUUAGCAUUGGGCGUCUUGAUCUUUGCCACAAUGAUCUACUACGCCGAGAGAAUAGGUGCUAAACCCAAUGAUCCUAGUGCCAGUGAACACACACACUUCAAAAACAUCCCCAUUGGCUUCUGGUGGGCUGUUGUCACCAUGACCACCCUGGGCUACGGAGACAUGUAUCCUCAGACUUGGUCAGGCAUGCUGGUGGGGGCCCUCUGUGCUCUCGCGGGCGUGCUGACCAUUGCCAUGCCUGUACCCGUCAUUGUGAACAAUUUUGGAAUGUAUUACUCCUUAGCUAUGGCUAAGCAGAAGCUACCAAAGAAAAAAAAGAAGCAUAUCCCUCGGCCGCCCCAGCUGGGAUCCCCCAAUUAUUGUAAAUCUGUCAUAAACUCUCCACAUCACAGUACUCAGAGCGACACUUGCCCACUCGCCCAAGAAGAAAUGUUAGAAAUUAACAGAGCAGAUUCGAAACUGAAUGGGGAGGUGGCCAAGGCGGCGCUGGCAAAUGAAGACUGUCCCCACAUAGACCAGGCUAUGUCACCCGAGGAAGGUCUGCCCUUUACCCGUUCUGGCACUCGGGAGAGAUAUGGACCUUGCUUCCUCUUAUCAACCGGGGAAUAUUCCUGCCCGCCUGAUGGAGGAAUAAGAAAGGGUUAUGAAAUGCCACAGAGCCUUAACAGCAUUGCUGGCAUAAAUGGAAAAGCAUUCGAAUUAUCCUCAAACCCUGCACCUUACAGUUCUCCUAGCCCAGUGAGACACUGA